AUGCCGAGCUACACGGAUGAGCGGAUCCAAGCCACCGUCUCGGAGCUGAAGCCAAAGUUCCUCAAGGCCUUCAAUGUAGCGUCAGAGAACGACGUCGAGUGGCUUCUCUUCACGUUUGCCCCUGGUCGUGUCAACUUCAUGGGAGAGCAUGUUGAUUACAUGGGUGGGUACGUGUGCCCCGCCGCGCUCAAGGAGGGGUGCCAUAUUCUUGUCGGUCGCGUGCGGCACUACCACGACGGGAAGCUGCGCUUUGCCACGGAGGAUGGCAAGUAUUUCGCACUAGACCGUCUUGGCCGGGCCAAGCAUGACAAGACGUGGACAACAUUCAUUCGCGGUGCGGCGACACUGGGACUGAACCAUCUCGGUCUACCCAUUGAUGCACCGGAGCUACAGGGGUUUUGCGCCAUCUCAAAGGGCACGCUGCCGAUGGGCUCCGGCAUGAGCGCUUCCGCCUCCUUUGACGUGACGCUGCUCUAUGCCAUCACGACGGUGGCGACGCGGCGGCACACGGCGAUGCGUUAUGUGCCUGGCACGCCCUACCCGAUUCUUCCGCCGCGUAGCAGGGAUGAACUCAUUACGCUGGCAAAACAAGCGCGUCUCAUAGAGACGGAGUUUUGUGGUGUCAACGUUGGUAUUAUGGAUCAGUUUUCCUCGAUCCAUGCGACAGAGGGAUCAUUCAUGGCACUUGAUUGCGACUCCUUGACAUUUAAGUCGUAUUCCUUGAAACCUCUGCUUGGAGACUCUUGUUGUUUCCUUUUGAUAAACUCCAUGAUUCGUCACGAGCUGACUGGCUCAACAGCGGGUGGAUACAAUACGCUGCGCAGCGACGCCGAGGGUGCGCAGGUGGUGGUAAGCCAGCGGAAGUUGAAUGGUGCGCCGUUCAGCUUCCGUGAACUUGCCAGAACACCGCAGAGGUUUACAGAGGAGGAUCCAGUUGCCUUUGUGGAGUCGUGCAAGCCCUACUUUACACCUGGUCAAUACGAUCGUGGCAUCUUCAACAUCGCUGAGCAGAUCCGCACGCUAAAAUUCAUCGAGCUUUGCACUCCCGAGUGCCCCCUUAGCCAGGAAGAGCGCUUCCGAAAGGCUGGUGAAUUGCUGAAUGCGACCCACCAAGGGCAGCGCGACCUCCUCAAGAUCUCCACUGAUGAGCUCAACUUCAUUCAUGAAGCCAUCAACCGUGAGGAAGGUGUGAGCGGCGGCAGGCUGAUGGGUGGUGGCUUCGGUGGCUGCAUUGUUCUUCUUCUGAAAAAGAAUGCUGUGGAGCGUGUGGUACAAAAUGUGCAGAGUGGCUUCAAGGCGAAGUUUGGCGUUGUGUGUGAGGUGUACCCUGUUGUGCUGGGUGGUGGAGCCUUUAUUGCCUCGUUGUGGGAGGGGGCACAUGGAAAAUUGUAA